AUUUGAAAUGCAACCCGCUCAGUGUGGCAGUAGCUGCCGAAGGAUGUGGACAAAGGUUCGAAAAGCUAACAGCUAAAAAAAAGGAAACGGAAAAAGAGCAGUGUGGUGGCUAAAUAUCACCGAAAGGCUUUUUUGUACAACGCCUCUCCAGAGGGCCUUAAAUUGUAAGACACCAUGGAGACUGCGGUGCUGAACCUCCAGAGCUUAUAUGAAAGGAUGAGGACGCAAGUUGACCUUCUCAGUGAGAACAUUGAACCCAACUUUAUUCAGAUGGCACAAAACUUUGAUGACUGCCGUCGCAAAUGGCUAAAGACUGAGCAUGAACUGGGGUCAUGCAAAGAGAUGCUGAGAAAAACGGAGACUGAGAGGGGAGCCUUGGAGGUCAAACUGAAGCAUGCCCGCAACCAGGUAGACGUGGAGAUACGGCGCAGACAAAAGGCUGAGGCAGACUGUGAGACACUGGACCGUCAAAUUCAGUUGAUCCGGGACCUCUUGACCUGUGAGGGAUCCAGUAACAGCAUCCAGUUGAGUGCAGAACAGCGCUCAGCUCUGGCUUUCCUGAACACAAACUGUCAAGCAACAACCAACCUUAAUACCAGCCGGAGACUGAUGACCAUAGAUGAAUCAGGCUCCAUCUUGUCAGAUAUCAGCUAUGACAAAACAGAUGACUCUCUUGAUUGGGAUUCCUCCACUGUGAGGACAGUGCGACUCAAGAAACGAGAAAAAAGGCGCUCCUCGAGAAAUCAUGUUGAUGGUCCUCCAGUUGCCUCCAAAAGGUCUCGAUCAACAGGAAAAACUUCAGAGAUGGGAAAUGAGGCCAUUGUGACAAAGACCACAGUGACUGUUCCUGCAAAUGGAGGAUCUGUUGAGGCGGUUUCUACCAUUGAGACUGUUCCAUACUGGACCCGCAGCAGGAGAAAGACUGCUGCUAUGGAAUGGGACUCUGAAUCUGUCAAGUCUGAAGAUGUCUUCAAGCAGCCUGCCAACCCUGAGCUAGAGAUGAAAGCUGCGCCUAGUACUCCACAAAGCAAUGGAGGCGUCCGCCUUCAUGAGUUCGUCUCCAAAACUGUCAUUAAGCCUGAAUCCUGUGUGCCCUGCGGAAAGAGGAUCAAGUUUGGCAAGAUUUCACUGAAGUGCAGGGACUGCAGGGUGGUCUCGCACCCCGAGUGUCGUGAGCGCUGCCCUCUACCAUGCAUCCCCAACCUGGGUGGCACACCAGUCAAAAUUGGGGAGGGUGUUCUCGCAGACUACGUCCCAGACACAUCACCCAUGAUCCCUCCCAUUGUGGUCCACUGUAUCAGUGAGAUCGAGCAAAGGGGACUGCAUGAAGCUGGACUGUACCGUCUUUCUGGUGCUGAGCGCACUGUGAAGGAGCUGAAGGAAAAGUUUCUCCGUAGCAAAACUGUUCCUGUGCUCAGUAAGGUGGAUGAUAUCCAUGCCGUCACUGGCCUCCUCAAGGACUUUUUGAGGAACCUUAAGGAGCCUCUUCUCACCUUCCGCCUCAACCGUUCCUUCAUGGACGCAGCUGAGAUUUCAGAUGACGACAACAGCAUAGCUCUGAUGUACCAAACCAUUGGUGACCUGCCACAGCCCAACAGAGACACGCUGGCUUUCGUAAUCCUUCACCUUCAGAGAGUUGCUGACAGUUUGGACACCAAGAUGGACAUCAGUAACCUGUCCCGAGUUUUUGGUCCAACAAUUGUGGGACACGCAGUUCCCAAUCCUGACCCUAUGACAAUCCUACAGGAUACCAAACGACAGCCUAAGGUUGUGGAGCGUCUGUUGGCUCUGCCGGUGGAUUUCUGGGCCCAGUUUGUGAUGGCAGCAGAACACGAGCAGCCGAACUUGGAGCAUUUGAUCAUUGAAAAUGCAAACUGCUACGCCACCCCUGAGAGAGCUGGAGUGAGCAUACUGGGACCUCUGACCACUCCGGAGUACCAGCUCAAUAAAACCCCCUCCUCCAGCUCUCUGUCUCAGCGCAUGAAGUCCUCCCUGACACCCAGAUUUGGGUCAAAGAGCAAAUCAGCAGUGGGAUUUUCUCGCCAAGGAAAGUUCUUUUCUUCUCCGCUCCUCAAAUAAUAUCAAAGCAGCUGCAUUUAAUCCUUUAUUCUUACUGCAAUAACAGCGACUAGUUUGUUUUAUGAAUAACAUUUGUAGUCUUCCUCUGCAUUCUUAAAAAUUCUGUUUCUGAAUGUUAGUUUUUAUUGUUUUUUUUUUUUUUUGUUUUUAACAUUUGUAAAAUGGGAAUUUUUUUUUAAAAGAACUAGUUUUUUCUGUCUGUGCACACUUGUGUCUUUAGGACUGUUGCUCCUAAUAAAUGUCCAGUGUGGCA